AUUUCAAUGUCAACUAUUAUUUCAAAUAUUUUACUUUCUCGAACGGGUAAUGAAGUUCCGGAAAUGUUGUCGGCACGAGAUCUUCAGUCUUUAAAAGAAAUCUGUUUGCUACUUGGGAUAAUUGAGAAACUAACAAAGGAGCUAUCAACUUAAAAGUAUGUCAUGUCAAGUAAGAUCAUCCCUGUUAUAGUGUGCACUCAAAAUUUAAUUAAAAACCAGAAACCAGUUUUUAAUAUUGCAAAUAAUUUACAAAUUAAACUUUUGGAAGAGUUUGCAUACCGGUGUGGGAAGUUGGAAUAUAACCCAAUAUUAUCUAUUUCCACUAUACUUGAUCCAAGGUUUAAAGAUAUAUAUUUUAUAGAACCACAAUCCAAAUCAAAAAUAUUAAAUACACUAGUAAAUUUGAUCGAGGCACAAAACCCAUUUGCAAACAACGAUGAGAUCUGGGAAAAUGAAGUAGAAGAUAAUGUUGAUUCUACUAAUAGUAAUAAUUGCAUUAAUCUUUGGAGCCUACACAGGAGUCUUGAGAAAAAACAAAAAAAUAAAACGAAGUCCGGAUCUCAUGCGAGAGAUGAGAUACAUUCUUAUUUUGAUAAAUCGGUUAUUGGACUCAAAGAAGAUCCGAUUAUUGAAUGGGAAAAUAUCAAAGGAGCUUUUCCAAAUCUAUAUCAACUAGCUAGACAAUAUCUUUUUAUAUCAGCCACAUCAGUACCAUCAGAAAGAUUGUUUAGUAAGACCGGUAACAUUAUGACUAAAAGUAGAAAUAGAAUAUUAGGCUCAAGAUUGUCAAAACUAGUGUUUUUACAAUCAUUAGAUGAUAAGUAUUGGCACUGAAUUUCUAAUUUUCUAAAUGUUUUACCUUACAAGUUGUAAAAUUUAUAAUA